AUGGGUUCCGCUCCCAUUCCGUCGUCCUUGGAAGAAUUGGAAGCACGAGAACGUGAAAACGAAUACCCACACACAUCCGUCGUAGGCUUAACACCUUAUGUCCGACUCCAGAGCGUGCAGAAGCCAGAUCGCUAUCAGGAUCGCGAGAAAAGGUGUAUACUUGGUCCUGGAACUGGGAAGGAAGAUAUUGAUAACGCUCCAGCUGGUCGGUCAGCGUCAAAUUCGGAGUUGCUGAACCCUCUUAUCGCCCUGAAUUCGAAAGUCGGAAACUGGGAGAAGGAGAGUGCUAUCACGCUAUCAGUAGGGCCUGCUUAUCACGCUGGUAUGGAGGCACGGCGGGCCUUCUCAGAUGAGUGA